CGAAUCCAGUGUAGGCUUAGCAGGAUGUUUUGAAAACACAGAUGCCAUGUUUUAGAAGCUCGGUUUCGAUCCAGACGUUUGGAUAUUUGAAACAAAACAUGCUACCCAGAGCGCUAUGGAGAGGAAUGUGUGCUAUUUGAAGGACAUCGAGGACCUAAAUUCACAACCCGGUCGCGGUGUACAGAGCGAGAGGUUAGACGAUCCGGGAUACGUUUUGGGGGCGGAGCUUUGCGUGGAACCCGGAAGCAGGUUGAACAAGACCAAAACCUUGAUCGAAGAAAUCCGAGCUUUGAUCAAGAACAACGAGGCGGAAUAUUGCUCAUUCUGGAGGCCUGUUCUCCCCUGGGGUGGCGUUUACACCAUCCGGGCUGGUCAAAAGGCGGUGUCUUGCAUCCCGCUGUACGUUAAAAUCAGUCUGAAGAACACCUGCACCAUCGAUGGCUUCCUCAUGCUCUUGUACGUCAUCCUGCGGGACAACCAGACCUUUCGCCGUGAAGUGAGUUUGUUCCUGGGAAAGCGUUUUGUGGAGCACUUUCUCUAUCUGAUGGAUUCGUAUGAUUACACCACAGUCAAGAUUUUGUGGAUCUGGGACCGGAUGUCUAAGCGUCAGUAUCGCUCCGAGAUCCAUCAAGCUGCUCUGGAGAUCGACCUUUUCGGCAACGAGCACGAGAACUUUACAAAGAAUCUGGAGAACCUGAUGUCUACCAUUCAGGAGAGCUAUUGCACCAGCUGUUGCUGCCCAUGUCGGUUCCAGGAGCUCCUUCAGAACACCAUAAACAUUAACCCUCCACAUGAGCUCCCUGAUAAAGAUCCUAUUCAGUCUGCCGUAGACGAGUUCUUCUGUCCGAAGGUCAUCCUCUGCCAGGAAUAUGGGUGUAACGGGCUGAGAGAGUUCUCGCAGAGAGAGUUUUGCCACGGGGCUCCUCCCUUUAUCAUCCUUAACAUGCAGAUGUGGAAAUCGGAGGACCUCUACUACGUUCCAUACCACUUGGCUUUGUCCGAUCACAGGUACUCUCUAGAGGGCGCCACCCUCUUCAACCAGGAGGAGCAUCACUACUCUGCAGCGUUCCAGAUUGAUGGCUACUGGAUGCACUACGACGGGCUCCGGAGCGAUAACUUGAUCUUGUUGAACAAACCGCCAGAGCUGCUGCUCCUGUCUUCCCUGGUGUACGUGCGCUCUCAUGAAAAAUGACACGCCCAUCCUUCCCGCUGCGAUUUCCUUCCUGUUAAGAUCACACCUUUUUUAUUCAGUUUGUCUUGAGCACUUGAAGUCCAUCAGCGAUGGAGUGGCGUUCAGCUGGAACGGAAAACCGAACGUAAAACUAUAGACUAUAAGACUCAUGUGGAUUCUCCUCCUUUACACUUUGUUAAUGACAUCAUACUCAUCCUAGGUGGUCGGUUUCAUCAGUCAGAUCAGGUCAGUUGAAGAAAAAAGAAAUAAAUAAUGAAUUUCAUGAGUAUUUACGCUUCUCCAUAAAAAAAUCGCUUUUUUUUUUUUAUUCUAAAAUAAUACUUUUUAAUAAAUAAUUAUUAUUAUUUUUAUAAUAAAUGCGACAAUUCGGCGGAGAAGCCGAGUUAAACUGUUCGACUUUUUUUUUUCUUUUUUUUUUUAAGGUGCUUGGAAUCCAAGAAUUUUGUAAAAGGUCUGUUAUAGUCAAGGGCUGGUGUGUGAAACCCGAACUGUCUGUUUCGCUCAAACAUUUUUUUAAUACAGUGAACUCCGCUUCAAUAAAUCACGUCAUUCCUGCAAUCCAGCUGAUACUUAAAACCUAGAUGUUCCAGAUGUUUUGCUGAUCAGUGUACAUAGUGUGUUCGUCUGCAGUGUCGUGUAAGUAGCGUCUUAAAAAAAACUCAAGUGCCAAAGCGACUACUCAGGAAGUGAGACGUGUUUUUUUCGUCCUUAGGAAAAAUCAAAUUUUCCGACGCACGUAAUAUACACGAGUUACGUUUGUAAGAAUUUCACACACCGGCCCUGAAUUCAAAUGAACUAUUGUUUGUCAUCACUAAAGAAGGCAUAUGUUUUAAUUUGAUGCUUUUCUUAAUCGUUCCUAUUAUUCUCAUGGAUUACUUAAGGCUUGCAAGACUAUCCUAUACUGUAUUACACGUGUGUGAACCUGUAAAGUAAUACGUGUGUACCAUGUUUCUAAUUUAAACUUCUUGAAAUUUCAGUACACAAUCUGGUUUUACACAAAGAUGGCUAUAUUUAUAAUUGUUCCUUAAAACAAUUUUGCACUUAUUUUUAAUAAAAAAAAAAAAAUAAUGAAA